AUGUUAACAAACGACAUGAAGGUGGAGAAUGGCGGCGGCGACGCUAAUACCAAUGUGUCACCGACCAAACUCAUGGUCAACUAUAUACCAGAGUUAAUGACUCGAGAUAUGAUGUACGCAUUAUUUUCGGCCAUGGGAAAGAUCGAGAGUUGUAAGUUAAUAGCCAACAGAGGGUAUGGUUUCGUCGAAUAUGAGAAACACGAGGACGCGGAGAAGGCGCGGGCCGCGUUUAACGGGCUCCUAAUGCAGGGGAAAACUUUAAAAGUGUCCUUCGCCCUGCUCAAUCCGGAGAAUAAGGUCAGCCACAAGCCCGACACGGAAUCGAAUCUCUACAUAAGCAACCUACCUCCCGACAUGACACUGGAGAGGCUCAACGGCUUGUUCAGUCAGUUCGGCAACAUAACCAACAGCCGUGUGUCGCAAGGCAUCGGUUUCGUGUGCUUCGAGAGCCGCCAGCAGGCGGAGGACGCGAUACACCACCUGAACGGGCAGACGCCGAUAGCCGGCGCGGGCGCGAUAGUGGUCAAGUUCGCGAACAAGCCCAACUCGAACAAGAGCGCGCCGCGGCCGAUGCAGAGGGUGGUGGCGGGCGCGCCGACGAUCGCGUACAACGGCGCGCCGGCCGUGUUCAACGGCACCACGCCUGCCUUCAACGGGACCAACCUGAGCGCGGCGUUCGGCGCCCGGCCGGCCGCCUUCGCCCCCGGCUUCCCGCAGGCGUCGCCGCCGCCGCUGCUGCCCUCGCCGGGCAAGGCGCUGCCGUUCAUAAACAAGGGCCAGCAGCGCUUCAACCCGAUGGCCGCGACGAACCACUCGCCGCUGCCGCUGAUCGGCGCGCCCGCCAGCCCCGUGCCGCUGCUCGGCGCGCCGCCCGCACCCCACCAGACCACUGUGUACGUAUACAACAUCGGCGAGGACACCGAGGAGCUCGCGCUGUGGCAGCUCUUCGGGCCCUACGGCGCGAUAGACUCGAUCAAGGUGAUCAAAGACCCCGAGACCAAGAAAAACAAGGGUUUCGCUUUCGUAAACAUGCGCGAGUACGACGAGGCGGCCAUGGCCAUACAGGCGCUGAACGGGUACACGCUCAACGGGCAGGUCCUAUCGGUUAGCUUUAAGACGCAGAAGAGAAACAAU